AUGUUACCCUAGAAUUAUUUACUGCCUUCGCCUUAAUCUAACUUAUUAUUAAUCAAUAAUUAAUAGAUCCAUAAUGUUUAGAUACUGCCUAAAGAUAUAGCCAUCCACUAACAAACUGAAAGAUCUAUGACUGGCACACCCUACAAUGCAUUUGAUUACAUGAAUGCCAAUUUGGUUAAUACUUAAAAUCCAAACUCAACUACAUUUAACAAUCCCUAUACUCAACAAAGCAACUUCAAAGGUUUAUAUCCAUCCAAUUAUUGCGUAAACACAUAUCUAAAUAAUUUUAAUAGCAAUAUAAGCAAUAAUAAUUUCUUAACUAAUUAAAUUUAUGCAAACUAAUUAAUCAAUCACAGUGUUGGCAUAGCUUAACCCUAAGGAUUCCUUGACAUGAAUGAAAAGGCUUUUGGAGUAAAUCAGAGUCUUGUUGGAUUACCAAAUCAUUAUAGCUAGCAAUAGUUAGUUUAAUUACAUCCAAACAAACAGUAAUUUGAAUUCAAAUAAUCAUAAUCAUCUGGGAUAUUUUAAAUAGCACCAGAUUAGUAAACUUCAAAUUUAUGCUCUGGUUACAUAACACAAUUUUAAAUGAAUCAACCCAGAUCAAUGCCAAACUAUGAUUCCAUAAAAAUGAAUAAGCAGCUUAUGGCUGAAACAGUUUUUAACUAAGGUGAGAUUCAACAAAAUGCUCAAUAGUAAUAAUACCCUUCUAAUUUGAUUCACCAAAAUUUCUUGUAAUCUCAGAAUACUUUUUCCCCAAAUAGUCUAUCAAACUAUUAUCCAGAACAAUAAAGCAGCACUUUAAACUAAUGCAUAGAGCAAACUGCUGUGCCUCCUUUUAUUUAGCCUUAAUCUUAAUGCAAAAAUUUAAAUAUAUUGCAAAGCAAUCAAGAUUCUCAAUUUUUAUUAAAAUAGUAAAGCAACGAUUUAAAUUAACUAGCUCUAAAUAAUAAUUAAAUUUCUUAAAAAACCGCUAACUCUUAAUAGUCAUCAUCCUAUUAAGAUGAAUUAAAUGAAAUUUAAAUGAUUAAUUACUAAGCGCGCUAUCAAAGCGAGGUAAACCAAUUCAGAAACAGAUAUAUUAAUCCUGCUGAACAAUAGGAGUAAAGUAGAAAAAGAGCAUUUUUAUCUAUAGAAAAAGUUAGAGACAUCCAGAAGGAUCAAGCAAAAUUAUCUAAUUAAGAAAGUGCUUUCUCUUCUUAAAUAAUUAUUAACUAAGACAAAAUUUAGAUAUUUGAAUCUAAGAAGCAUCAAAUAAAAAAAUCAGAAGAAGAAGAAAAAGAAGAACUUUAAUAAAUUCAGCCUAAAUAGCAAAAACAAAAAAAGUAGUCUUAGAAUAAAAAUCAAAAUAAGUAAUCUGUUGGUGGUAAUUCUCAGAAACAUAUUUAGUAAUCUACUUCCUAAAGUUCGAUUUAAGCUUACAAUAUCAGUGAAAAUAAUAAUAACUAGUGCUUGAUUCAAUAACAAGACAAGUGUAAAUUUAAUUAAGAUAAUUAAAAUCAAAGCCAGAAAAAACUAAAUUGCAAUAGUACAAAAGAUGAUAAUUUAUAAUUAACUUCAUUAUCAUCCUCCUCUAUUUCUUAUAAUAAUUAAGACAGGUAAUAUGCAUACACCUAAGAAUAGAAAUCAAAUAAAUCUUAUACUCAGAGUAGCAUCUCUAAAGAAAAUGAGUAACGCAAUCACGUCGAAGUAUUUGUAGAUAGCAGAAAGAGAAGUACAUCAAUAGAUCAUUCAGCAUACCUACAACUUUAUAAUCUUUUGGCAGACAAGAAGGUAAUUGACGAAUUUACAGAUUUAAUUUAAUACAGAGGGAUUGAAAAUAUUGACGCGCAAAAUUUAAAUAAUCAAAUUUCAGAUUUUAAUAGUCCUUCAUUUAAAUCAGGAAAAUACUAAGAAAUAAAAAAAUAUAAAUAACUUUUAAAUCAAACAUUCGUAGAAAUUAAGUUUUCAAAUCAACCUUUUUAAAUUGUUCGUUACGAUUCAAAAGAAGAUUAGUAAUUGAAGAUAGAAGAAAGUGAUGAUAGUCUAGAAUACAAAUUAACUAAUUUAACGAGCUUUAAUAAAAAAACUGAAAAAGUUAAUUAAAUAGUGGAAUCAAUUGAAACUGCUAUCCUCUCUAGAAUUCCCUUACUUUUUAAAGAAGAAAAAAUCCUAGAAUCUCUUAGCUUAAUACCUUCAGGGCAAUACUAAGUUUACUCUAACUUAUAAAACAUGUGCAUUUAAUUUGUUAGAGGUGAAAAGCGCAAACGUUUUAAAGAGCGUAACAAAGAUUCCUAAUACAUGUCUAGAUUCCAUAACUUAAAUAGACUUUUCUUCUACUAAAUUAUGAGUAUGUACUCAUAUGAAGCAUUGUCAUGCUUUUUGAUAGAUCCAAAUAUUUCAGAGUAACUAAGAAACAUUAUUAGCUGUAUUAAAAUACAUUCAAAGCUCUAGCUAAUAACUUAAAAAUCAAAGCAAUCAGAUAACUCUACUAAUAACUUACAGAACCCUCUCGCAAGCCAGACAACCAAAACAGAAAAAAGAAAAAGAUCUUAUUCAUAAAAGGAUAAUUAAGAGUUAGAAGAUAACCUAGACAAUAGUGCAAAAAAAAUUAUGAAAAUAGAUACUACAGGAGAUCAUCAUUCAGUACCUCCUGAAGCAGAGGGGAAAAUUUCAUUGAAGAAACAAUAAAAAAUUAGUGAAAAAAAUGAAUAAAAAAGCCAAAUAAUUACUAAUUUUUAUGAAGCUUAUGGAGUUAGUUAAUAGAAUAACUAAAGUUUGAAUUCUUCUUUACAUUUUACGAGAUAAGAGUCUCAUUCUAUCUCUACAUAAGAUAACUAAAGUAGAAAGAGGGCUUCUACAGCUGGUGAGUACUCAAAAACCAUUUGCGAGUAGAACAUUUUCAAAGAUUCAGAUUAAAAAAUAUCCAAACUAAGUCACUAUCAUUGUGAAAAUAGCGAACUUAUUUCUUAAACUCCUUCACCAGUAAACACCAUCUUCAAAUCUCUCAGUCAGAAAGGUGAAGCUAGCAAAACAUCUACUUCAAACAAUGAACUCGACGCAAAUCAGGUCACAGCUAAAAAAUACUCAUCUUUAUUGAGUCAUUUAGAUAACGUUAAUUCUGAAGUAGAAGAAAAUACUGGAUAAACUUUAAGUAAUGCUUAUCAAAAAGAGCAGCAAGCAACUAAGUCUUAGAAAUAGCAAUUAAGAUUUAAAAAAGUACAGAAAAUAGAAUCUUCAUCUUUAAGUUGCUAAUAAGAAGAAAAUAGUAAGGAAUCUGAUGUAAGAGUGUAAGAAAAAUAUAACAUAGACGAAGGCUGUGAAGUAGAAGUAGAAGAAGAUGAAGAGGAUGAAGAUAAAGAUUUUCCCAUCAAAAACUUCAAGAAAUACUACAGAAUUUUGAAAGUAGAAAACUACACUCACUCACACUAUAACACAUUGUUUCUCAAGCUUAAUGCAUCUUCAAUGGAAUACCUUAAAAAGUAGCCUAAGGAUGUAGACUCUCACUGGCUUGCUUAUAAGAUUGAUCUCCGUGAUCCAUAGAGCAUCCCACAAGAGAAAAUAAAAUUUGUAAAUACUAUGAAGUCUCUCUUCUACAAAAUAUUUGUUCACUUUAAUAACUUCUCGUUCACUAAUAAAGAAGAUGAGCAAACCAAGAUAUUAAACAACAUAGCGAAUGACCCAAAUCAGCCUAUUCCUAAAGACUCUUAGGAAUUUAAAUAAAUCCAACUUAGAUUAGACUAUUAUCUUCGUGUUGUUUAAGGUAUCUCAAAACUUAACUAAGGUAUGUAUUCCCACAAGUUCUGA